AUGGACGGUCCCAACAACAGAAGCUUAAUGGUCUGGGAGCUUCAAGUUCCCCAAGACGCAAUUCGAGGCACCUUCGAACUCACUCGCGCAUUUAUCCAAUCACUCAGAGGGCAUGUCUUGGCUGCAAUAGGUUCUGAUACGAUUCUCCGCUUGUCAACGUUUUCUCUAGCAUGUGCGUACACAUGGGUUUGCUUAGUAAAGGCAGAAGAAACAAAAGAAGAUAAAGCACGAAUCAUCUUUUCCGUGGACUGUAGGUCUCGGCUAGACCCUCCUCUACCUGCAACAUAUUUCGGGAACUGCUUAGUGGGCUGUUUGGUAGUUGCAGAAACAAAAGGUCUACUGGGAGAAGAUGGGUUGGUUGUGGCAUUAAGUGCAAUUAGUGAAGCUUUGAGGAACUUUGAAAAGAAGGGGAUUUUGAACGGAGCUGAAAAUUGGGUUUCAAUAUUGAGCAGUGUGCGUAUAGGUAGACUGGUUGGCAUUGCUGGCUCACAUCAGUUUGGUGCGUAUGAAACUGAUUUUGGAUGGGGAUCACCAAGCAAGGUCGAGGUUGUUUCCAUAGAUAGGACAGGAGCCAUCUCCUUGACAGAUAGCAAGAACGGUGGUGGAGGCGUUGACGUUGGUUUGGUCUUGAAGAAACAUCACAUGGAUGCUUUCGCUUCUCUAUUCGCCAAAGGUCUCAAAAACCAUUCAAGAAUUUGA